CAGUUGACACAAGGGUGACAAGGCUACAAUGAGUUUGUGUAACCAAAUGUUGAACAGUAGUAUAUGGCAGGAGUUACAUAUGGUAGGAAAUAAAAUAAACACAGGCGCCAUAGGUGCGGAGUCUUACGAUAACGUUGUCGAAAGGCUUCAUGAAUGAAGAUGGUUGGUGUCGGUAUGAGCAUGUAGGCCUAUAAUGGUUACAGGGACCAGCAGUAUGCAGUUAAUUGGGCUAUGAUAAUUCCGGUGACUUGUUAUCUAUUAAAUGUGGCAUAAGUGCAAGUAAGCUGCAUAGCUUCGCUAACAAUUCUUUGUCACUGUUUUCUUGUAGUGCUAGCUGGACUAAAACUCAUUUUCAUUACCUCUUAACAGCUGCAAUAAGGCGUCAAUGAGCUGAUUUGUGUUUAACGCAAAAUAAAACUCUUUAGUUAUUCGCGAUUAAGUUACGUGGGUAUGUAAACAAUUACAGAAUAUCUCUGUCGAAAACAACCUGUUAUGGUUUUGUUGUAUGUUGUCCUUGAGGCUAUUUACAUUCUCUCUCUCUCUCUCUCUCUUUUUAUGUUCACUCGUGUAUUACUUAAAUACUGGCUGUUCUUCAGUUCUCAGCAGAAACAUAAAUAGAUUUUUUCCUACUUACUAUCGACAUUUUCUUCUUUAGAAAAAAAUUUACAAAAAUGGCAUUCACUGCCUUCCUCUAGAAUCAAUCGUCUUUCUCAUAUGAAGGCUGUAAGAAUAUGGUAUUAGCAAAAGUGGCACCCCUACAUUUACUUACGAUUACCUCUAGUUGACAUAGCGCUGGAUUAAACUAAUGUAUCGACCACAUAUAUAACAAAUUAGGGUUGGGGAGGGGCUGGGGACGAGGAGGUGGGAUGUGGUGGUUGUGGGGAAGGAUUGCCCCUGUCACCCAUUGGGUGGCAGACUGUCAGUAGUGUUUGAAAUGUAUAGACACUGCUAUUAGGAUGGAAUAACAUUAUGAGCUGCUGAAACGCAAGAGCCCGUGUCAGCACAAGGCUGGCUGAAUCUAACUGCUACAGAAUAACGAUAGGUCUUCAGUAUCAGUAGACUUUCACCGUACUCAUCAGCUGCUCAGACGAUCAGAAGUAACUAGAAGCAAAAGCUGUCGGUUAGGUUAAUUUGCCAAUGACAAAGGACCCACCAAAGCGAUCUUUGGCAAAUUAUUAAGCUUUAUCAUCCGACGAAGAUCAUGGAUUGCGAGCCGAGGAUUCUUUUGAUCUUUGUUGCUGUGCUGGUGGCGCCAUCUUCCAGCGAAAAUGUGACGGUGGUGGAUUUGCACAGCGAUGGAAUCGUAUCGGUCGACAAUAUCGUCGACGUCUCAACCAACGCUUUGCCGACGCUGUAUCAGUUCACCACCUGUUUUAGAGUUCGGCUGCAACACUACAGCGAGGCGACGGUCGUCAGUUAUUACGUAGAAGGAUCUGAUAAUGAAUUAACUAUUUGGUUCAGUGAAUCGAAUGCCCUGGGGUUCACCUGCUGCAACAGUGCUUUGAGCUUCGUAGCGGAUAUGCCAGGGUACCACGUCCGACUGUUCGAGUGGAACAGCUUCUGCCUGGCGUUUGACUUGAAGUCCAGACUGUAUUACACGAUGCUCAACGGCCACGUCUGGAAUGCUACGGCCCCGUUUCAUGGAAAGGCAAAUGACAGAGAGGCUGUCAAAAUUGCAAGAGGUGGCCGCCUUGUCCUCGGCAAUGAUCUGGACAGCACAGAGGGAGACUUCUCCCUUUGGCAGGCAGUGAAAGGGGAAAUAGCAAACUUCUUGUUCUACGACGCCUUUCUCGAGCCUCAGGACCUAAUUAAUUUCGCUUCCUGCCAAACGAAGAUUGAAGGACUGGAGCCACUCUACCAGUUCUCGAGUUCGUGGCCGGUAUCAGAGCUGAGAGGGAAAGCUACGCGAUACAGUGCCCCAAUUGAAGAUGUGUGCAGUACGCAAGAGGCCAGUCAUUUCAUUAUACUUUUCCCUCAAAGAAUGUUCUUCUCAGAGGCAUCCCAGUGGUGUGAGGUUUUCAAGGGGUCACUGGAAGUCCCUCAAAAUAAAAAGGAGCACAGAGAGUCUCUCGAUUUGGCAGGGAAAUUCGUGGAAGAGUGCACGAGUGCUAUCCAAGGCAUAUACUGGCUUGGACUUCGCGCUAAUGUGUCAAGUCAGACGUGGCUAAAGUCUGACAGCAGUGAAACGCCUCAGUGGCAGAACUUUAGGGAAAAUAGCCCAAUAAUCAGCCCUAAAACUUGUGCCAUAGUUGAAAGAGCAGAAUUUGGGAGUUUUUGGGGAAGUUCACGUUGUGAUUACCUCUCGUGCCCCAUCUGCAGGUACGGCCAACUGCCGACUCUUCGUUUACUAGGACUGUGCUCAUUGUCAGAAUUUGAUUCACUUUACUAUGCAAGACACGGAAGGGACGGAAGACCAGAAUUCAUCGGGCACUUCGCAACCGUUAUCCACUUCUCUGGCGAAAAAUGAAGGAUGACUUUAACCAGUAAUGAAAGUGGAAUAUUGGCUGUGUCUGACCCAGGUCCUCUUCACGGUUAUCCAAUUGGCAGACGAAGGUGGACCAUAGAAGGGGACCGGUGUCAAAACGGCGAGGUAACUCUCCUCCUGACUCUUUGCGAUGAAAGCCAGUACACCUGCGAUGAUGGAAGCUGCGUUCCUUACGAGCAGAGAUGUGACCACAAGACGCAGUGCAAGGACUUCAGCGACGAGAAAGGCUGCUCCGUCAUCGUGUUACCACAAGGCUAUUCCAUGGAAAUCCCUCCUCCUGUGUCGAGCGACGAUCCGCUAGAGCUCUCCUUCUGCCAAGAAAUCAUCUCUGUGAGGGAGGUGGACAUCGCCGAAUUCAGGGUGCAGAUUGACGUGCGACAGAAGGUCAAGUGGAGGGACACCAGGCUCACCUUCAGGAACCUCAGGCCAGGAAACUUCUCCAACAGAGUAAAGCUCUCCGAAGGCCUCUGGCUUCCAGAGUUUUACAUAGAGUCCGGAGAUCAAAGCCUGGCAGACUCAAACGUGAAAACCUCGUUCCUGUUUGUUCAGUUAAACAGUAAUCCACAAGACAAGAAUGCAACUAGUCAAGACAAACUGUUCGAUGGAAAAGAAAACACGAUCGUGAUGAUCCAGCGCUCGACCAUAUCCUUCUCUUGUCACUGUCAGUUCUGCCUUCUGCGGUACCCGUUUGACACGCAGUCCUGCUCCGUUCUGUACUCCGAGGUGAAUGCUGUUCAGCACAUCAAUUACACGAUAGAAAGCGUGUCCUUUGAGGGAAAUCGCAAGCUUUUAGAAUACAUGGUGACCGGAGUGACUGCUGAAUUAAUGAGGAGAGGUGAGGUGGAGGUCAUUAAGAUCGAACUCGUGUUUCAAAACCAGUAUGGCUACUACAUCGGCAAUGCCUUCCUCCCCAGUUUACUACUGGCAGUUAUCUCGUACCUCACAUUCUUUUUCGAUAAGGACGACUUUCAGGAUAGAAUCAUGGUAUCCUUGACCUCUCUCCUAGUGCUGACGGGGCUCCUGACCCAGACUAGCCAGUCAGUACCCAAGACGACCUACAUGAAGACCAUCGACGUGUGGUACGCCGCCCUCAUCAUCUUCGAUUUCUGUAUUGUUGUCACGUUGGCUGUCGUGGAAUUUCUCCACUGCCAAGAAGCGAAAAGCAACCCUAGUGAGGCCCUAAGGGACACGGAACACUUCCAACGUCUUCUGAAUGCUGCCUGUUCUGAUGGAAAGAAGGGGAACGUGAUCCCAGUGAUUCAAAAUUUCAUCGAGGAAGCAGCGCCAAAAAACGAUGGAAAAAGUCGAGCUCUCUUGGUCAACAAAUGUGCCAUUAUGGUUUUCCCAGUGGUUGGAGUAUUGUUUGUCAGUUUCUUUCUGUGCUUAGCUUUCCAGAUAAUUUGAUUAGGAGGGGUUUUCUGUUGCACUGUGUAGCUUAAAUGGCAUAGGAUGCUAUGGCGCAAAGUGCCUUAAAGCUAUAUAACGUUAAUUGUGUUGUUUAUUUUGUUGAAUUCUGGAUAUAUGUCAUUUCUGUAUAGGCCAUAGUCCACAUCCAGUGUAAUGGUAUGACCUUUUCUGGCACUUGUAAGAUAAGUAUUAGUGUUCAUCACUAAAAUGUUCCUUAUGCGCCAUUAGGCACUUAUAAGAUAUUAAUGUUCAUCACUAAAAUGUUCCUUAUGCUCCACCAAGGUUCUCUAAUGGUAUGCAGUCACCUCGAGCUUCUCACUAGGAUUGAAUGGUUAUUAUUGGCCCUCAUGUAAACCAACGGCCAUCAUGCUGAGACUUUUAGCUCUCUCAUGAGUAAUCCAUGGCGUGUUGAAUUUUCACUUAAUAGCUAUUGUAGUCUUUACCUUCUUAUUAAGCAUACUGUUGGCUUAUAGGCUGCACCACAGUCAGAAUGUUAAAUUUGUAUGUUUAGGGUAGUUCUUUAAGUUGCUGAUGUAAUUACUGAUGUAGUGACAAACUUUUCAAGUUUAAUAAGUACUAACCCUUUCCUUGAAUAUUCGAAAUAAUGUAUUACACUUUAACAUACACAUUAAUUAUUGCACUCCAAUACAUAGCUGCUAAGCCUUGAAAAAUUAUUAAUGUACCCAACGUCGCCUCACAAGAACUUGUGAAAUGGAAAUCUACUGCAUGUGGAAGUUUUCCGAUGUGUGGAAAGACAGAAUCCGAUAUAUUUGAUUGUUCGAUGUGGUCGUUUUAUCGGCCAGGAGCGUCAGUAUGAGCCAAUAGGUGUGAGAGACAGUGUAAACGAAUCAUGAAAGGAAGGAAACAAAAUCGUCCUGAUGAUUUAAACACUAAAUUUCUUUUGCAACACUGUAAAACAAAGUCAAAAGACAUCUUUCAAAAGCUAAUUAGGUAUCAGGAGAUCAGCGUUCUGAGGUGUGGUCAUUUGGAGAGAAUGGAGAAGAAUAGGUUGGUUAAAAAAUUUUAUACUUUUGCCACGUUCUGUUAAACAUUCUGUGUAUGUAUAUAAAGCAUCUGAUAUUGGGAAGGUUCAUACACAGUUAAAUCAACCUUGAAAGAUCAGAUAAAGAAUGAAUCUAGCCCGUAAACGCCUAUUGGACGUAUUAAACGUCAACGAAAAUUUUCUGUUGAGUGCUUAAUUGACGUAUGAUACGUCGACGCAAAAAA